ACCUAAGUUAGAAUCUUUUGCCGGAGUUUUUGUUUGGUUGUUGUUUGGUAGUUACGCAAGAUAGUCAAUGAUUUCGGAAAAUAUAUAAAUAGUUCUCAGAGAAGCAAAAAGAUUUCCGGUCUUUGUGUGAUGAUGAAUGUGCGUGGACGUGGUAGAACAUAUUCGGUUCCAAAUUAAAUUUGCGCGUCGUCCAUUAAUUCUGAUGUGCUAAAGGCACUCUGAUUUGAUAUCGUAGUUGGUAAUUGUUAACUUUUAGGCAACUGUUAAAGUGAUGGGCUCUGAGGCUGAAGCGGAUUUUGUUGUCCCGGACCAUUUGACCAGGGAAGUGUUCCGGAAAUGCCUUGAAAAAGACCUCAAUGUGGAUAAUAUUCAAAUCGUCCACUUCGAAAUAACACCCGGGAGCAGCCCCGGUGACAACUACACAAGCAAAAUAUAUCGCUGCAAAGUCUUAUAUAACCAACCGCACACUGAGGACAAGACAAUCUAUUUUCUUGCUAAAAGUAUGAUUGUUAUCCACCUUAGCGACGAAUUUAGUCAGAGCGGGAUCACAGAGAGAGAAGUCAAUGUUUACCGAGACCUGCUACCAAAGUUGAGCAAAUUCCUAGGAGGGACAAUUGUGGCCCCGAAGUGCUAUGACAUCUUCACCGAACCAAAUCAGAACUUUAUUUUCGAGGACUUGAAAGCAUUAGGAUACACUUGCGCCGACCGGGUAAGCGGACUAGAUGCAGACCAUUUGAAGGUAGUGUUAAAUAAGACCGCCAAAUUCCAUGCAGCGUCGAUGAAAUUACUUGAAGAAGAACCAUCAACCGAAGCAGCAUAUCCUAUAGGAUUCAUCAAUGAAAUAUCAAUGAAAGAACCAGUCGUCCAAGGAUUUUGGCAAGGCAAUUUGAAAUUGGUAGCGGAAAUAGUGAACACAAUUCCAGGAUAUGAACGUUUCAGUGCGAAACUAAUGAAAGUCUACGAUAAUUUCGUAGAUAUCGCUUUAAAAAUGAUGAGACUCGAUCCUGUAAAAGACAUAAAAGUAAUGAAUCAUGGCGAUCUAUGGGUAAAUAACUUCUUAUUCAAAUAUAAUGAAGAGACGAAGGAACCAACGGAUGUAAUCUUUGUCGAUUAUCAGGGAACGUUUGUCAACAGUCCUGCGAUUGAUAUCAACUAUUUAUUUAGCACAAGCGCACAAUUGGAUCCCCUUCGGCGGAAGCUGGAGUUGAUUGAGAAAAAUUAUUAUCCAGUUUUUGUGAACGAACUUCAAAGAUUAGAAGUAAAGUCGGUGCCUUCCUUGGAGGAUAUAUUGGGACAAAUUAGAUCACGGGAGAUGUUCAGUAUUAUUAAUCUUUUCGCAGUUCUACCCUUGGUAUCUAUAAAUAGAGAAGAAUCCAAAACAAACGACUACACCCAAUUUCUAGAUGCAGAUAAAUCUAAACGAAAAAUGUUAAUUGGAAUGUAUACUGAUCGAUUUAUGGACGCUAUGAAAUUCACUUUGAACAACUUAGAAGAUGUAAUUGAUGAAAUAAUAAAUGAAUAUUCUUGAUUUA